GCCAAGGAAGAAGCUUCUCCAACAAACGUCACCUCCAUCCCAGGGUUUCUCCGUCCUGCCAACCACGCACCUACCAGUAACCCUUUCAACGCGCAACCGGACGCAGCUCUGUUCCAUGACCCCAACCUACCCAUGAAGCGGAUAGGUCCCGUCGCGCAGGCAUGGUACAAGUGGAAGGCCCUCCGCCUACCCUGGCGGAAACGCUUCUUUGUCGGAUAUGACCUCCAAGGCAACACCUUUUGGGAGUUUCGCCUAACCACCCGCGGCGGCGGCGACACCAGCGGCAGAGACUCGACCGCCGCCGGUGCCGCGUCGUCGGAGCGCUGGCGCCGCAUCGUCCACUACCCGCGCUCGACGCACUACUCGGACGUCAAGGUCAGCCCGCUCUGGCACCAGUGGUUGCGGCACACGCGCCCCGACGCGCCCUCGCUCGCCGAGCAGCGCGGCGACGUCGCCCGCCAGGAGCGCGUCAAGCGCCUCGCCGCCGAGGCCGACGCCCGAUGGGACGCCAAGCCCCGCGUCAUGGAGUCGCCUGAGGACGUGGCCGCGAGGGCCGCCCUGCUGGACCCCCAAGGCUCUGCUCCGGCUGCUGCUGCGGCGGUGGCGGCGGCGGAGGGGGAGGUGCCGUCGGACGAACAACGGCAGCAACAGCAGCAACAGCAGCAGCAGACGGCCCGGUCGGGAGGACACGCCCCCGAACACGACCCUUGGGCAAAGGGCAGGGCCCAGGGACCAGGGGAAAAGUGGCAGCCUGCAGCGUGGGCCCCGACCGCCGCCAGGAAGCGGUGAUGGUCGCCAGACAGCCCAGCCAGGCGAGCGAGAAGAGGGAGGGCAGAGGGGGGAACAAAGGCAAAUGGACUCGAAACGCGGCAUUCGUUUGGCCUUUGCAGCCAACAAACAACACGUAUAACGACGAUGUCGUGCCGGUUGAUUUGCGCGCCUAUCGCGGUCGUGGACACGAUUGUAUCAUCUAAUCUUGUACCAUACUUGUAGCAAAAGUAGAAGGGGAAGAAAAAAUAACCCAC